UGGAUUUUGACAGCAGUUCUUAGAAUAGAAUAGACGUUUUUUUAUGGUGAUAUACAAUUGGUGUUAUUGAUAAUUUUUUUCAUCCGUUAAGAUAGAUUUGAUGGGCGUUUUCGUAAGUCACCCAAUUUACAUUCCAAUUUCCCAUUGAACAAUUCCAUUCCUUGAAAGUUGAAAGAAUCCUGUCGGAAGACUGGUCGUACGUUUUGUAUUGACAUUAAUCCUUGUCUAUAUAUAUACUCAGGAAUCUGUUUGAAUUAGUUUUUUAAUGGCUAGCAUUCCAAUCGAGAAGAAGUUUUCCCGGUUAGGUAUCUCUUCUGGUGAUGUAGAAAGAUCCAGUCAAAUGAGUUAUGAAAUGUCACCGGACAGCUUGAGGAAGUUUGGUCCUUCAGUAGCACCUAAACCUCAGUACAAGGCUCAACCCCAGGUCCCUAUUGUCCCCAAGAGCUCAAAUAUUUCUAGUUGUCUAGAACCAUCAUUCAGCACUGUUUUGAAAACACACAAUGCUGAUGGCAGUUUGUUGACGAGUGUCAGCUCAUCCAGUAACUAUGAAAAUGUGGAGCCAUACCUAGUACAGAAUGAAGAACCCAUCUACGGCAACAUUCAUCAACUAGGAUCACCACCCUACCUGCCUCCACCACCCCCACCACCCGCCUUCGCUUCGUGUGACAACGACGUAGAUUUGCCUCUGCCUCCGCCACCGCUGCCCUCGGAUCUGUCGGGCUACUACGGCAGCAACAGUGACCAUCUGCAUCUAUUCCCCACGCCGUCCUCCACUGAGGAAGUGACGUCACCUCCGUCUCCGGUUAGCUCGAGCUAUUCCGAGUUGCGGAGGGCUGGUUGCGGAUCGACAACAGGAUCAACCAGCAACUACGCUCCUUUAUCGCAGGCGUCCAACUACGAGUCGCUGUACGAGCCGAUUCAACCACGACCUCAUCAUCAACACAGUCCCGCUGGCAGCAUGUCGAGCUUGACUCGCCCGUCGCACUACACGACGUCUGCCUAUCCGCCUUACGGCGGUAGCAGUAGCAGUACCACCUACGGUGGCGGAUCUGCGGCCGGUGGAUCUGCGGCUACCCUGAAACCCCAAGCCAGUCACGCCAAGGGAGCCACUUCGCCAGUUCAAGAGGAAGAAGUGGAUGCGCUCACCAAUUUGCUCGUCCAGUCUAUGGAUAAUGCCGCCGACCCAGAGUUCUUUGGAAUGUGUGCCGAUUGCGGUUUGAAGGUCGUGGGUGAAGGCUCUGGUUGCACGGCCAUGGACCGUGUGUUCCACAUAGCCUGUUUUACCUGUCGUGUCUGCAAUUGCCGUCUGCAAGGAAAGCCGUUCUAUGCGGUCGAUGGCGAACCCCAUUGUCAAGAAUGUUACAUGAAUAGCCUAGAGAAAUGCUGUGUUUGCUCCGAGCCGAUCCUCGACCGCAUCUUACGUGCCACAGGAAAACCUUACCAUCCCCAGUGUUUCACCUGCAUUGUUUGUCUACUCUGUUUGGACGGCAUUCCUUUCACGGUUGAUGCCGCCAACCGGAUUCACUGCAUUGACGAUUUCCACAAGAAAUUCGCUCCGCGCUGCUCUGUUUGUCACGAUCCCAUCAUGCCAGAGCCUGGACAGGAAGAAACUGUUCGUGUUGUCGCUCUGGAUCGGAGCUUUCACGUACAAUGUUACAAAUGCGAGGACUGCGAUUUAGUUCUAUCGUCGGAAGCUGAAGGGCGCGGUUGUUACCCGUUGGAUGGGCGUGUCCUGUGUAAAUCCUGCAAUGCCAUAAGAGUCAAUGCGUUGACUUCCACCACUUCGACCGAGCUUUAAAGAAAAUAUUUCACGUUUUAGAAGACAAAUGGAAGGGAAACUAAACAAGGAAAAUGUGUCGGUGACUUUUUAAAAAAAUAUUUCCGCUAUGUAACUCUGUAUUAAAUGACGAGUGCCUGACGACAGGACACAAUUAAACGACAUUCGACCAUUUAUUUGGUAGCCAUAAAAAAAAUAAUAAUCGGUUGGAAUUUCUACACGCCUCUUAAUAUGUAUUCGGUGUUUCUAUUUGCGGCGAUUUAGAAGCGUCGUUUAUUUUAAUUAUUUUUGAUGUUCCGCAUACCACAUAAUCCUCCCAAACGCACAAAACGACUGUCUUCCCUGAUGUAGAACAAUACAGCUUAGAUCAUAGUCAUGU